AGUCCAAGCUUAAGUCCUUUAAGGAAAAGCUUAAGCAGUUGAAUGAGCAGCAUGAGGAAAUUGAGAGCUCCAUAAUCGAGCUAAUAGCCUCCAAGGACGAGCUGCAAGCUCUCCGUUUUCGAAGCCACUGCUCAAGAUUUUUUGAAGAAGGCAAAAAAGGACGAGCCGAAGAAGAGAGAGGUUGA